CGAAGCCCUUCUCUUGCUGAGUUUGAUCCAUGCAUCCAUCAUCCAUCCAACUACUACCAACCUCUGUUGUUUGAAGUGUGAACUUGAGCUCGCCAGCAUUCCAAGUCCUCCAUUCUACGUACUUGUCCGACCAUGCCGAUUCUAAGCAAAACUUUGACCUCGUUCUUGUACAAGAGCUCUCCGGCUCUCUUGGGAGCAGCCUCGGGUCCUUCGACGACCAUUGGUCAACAAGCCGUGAGACAUCUCGAUCUUUUGGAAUAUCAAGCCAAGGGACUUCUCCAGGAUCAUGCCGUGACCGUUCAGAAGUUUCGUGUGGCUGCGAACAAGAGCGAGGCUGAAAACAUUCCCAAGGAGUUUCCCUGUGAUGAGUAUGUUAUUAAGGCGCAAGUUUUAGCCGGAGGUCGAGGCAAAGGACACUUCGACAAUGGAUUCAAGGGAGGCGUUCAUUUGACCAAGGAUCCCAAGAAAGUCCCGGAUUUGGUCACCAGCAUGAUUGGAAACCGCCUUAUCACAAAGCAGACUCCAAAGGACGGAAUUCCAGUCUCUAAGGUGAUGGUGGCCGAGGCCAUCGAUAUUACCCGAGAAACCUAUUUCUGCAUUGUAAUGGAUCGUGAGCACAAUGGUCCAGUGAUUGUGUGCUCGCCCGAUGGAGGCAUGGACAUUGAGGAAGUCGCCGAAAAAACGCCUGAUCGUAUCAAGAAGAUCCCCGUGGGCAUUUCCACUGGAUGCACCCCAGCCGUGGCCAAUGAGGUGGCCGAUUUCUUGGGCUUCAAAGGCGAACUGAAGAGUCAAUGUGCUGAGCAGGUUCAACGCUUGUAUGACAUGUUUGUGAAGGUGGACUGUCUUCAAUUGGAGGUGAACCCUUUGGCUGAGACUCCCCAGGGUAAGAUUUAUACCGCCGAUGCCAAGUUGGGUUUCGAUGAUAAUGCCGCAUUCCGACAAAAGGCCAUUUUCGACAUGGAAGACACCACGGAAUCCGACCCAAGGGAGGUCGAAGCCGCCUCUUACAACCUCAACUACGUUCAGAUGGACGGAAAUAUCGGAUGCCUGGUGAAUGGAGCUGGCUUGGCCAUGGCCACAAUGGACAUCAUCAAACUUUAUGGUGGAGAGCCAGCUAACUUUUUGGACGUUGGCGGAUCUGUCCAGGAGCAUCAGGUGAAGGAGGCUUUCCGCAUCAUUAGCGAAGACUCCAAAGUCAAAGCCAUUCUGGUGAAUGUGUUUGGCGGGAUUGUGAACUGUGCCACCAUCGCUAACGGUGUGGUGAAUGCGUGUCGCUCCAUUGACCUCAAGUUACCGUUGGUGGUUCGUUUGGAAGGAACCAACGUGGAUGAGGCCAAGAAGAUCCUGGCCGAUUCUGGGCUCCCAAUUCAAAGUGCCCUGAAUUUGGAUGACGCCGCUCAAAAAGCGUGCGCUGCUUUGAAGUAGAAAAAGAACAAUCCUCGUAACAAAACCUGGAAAGACCUCCCGCAUUUUGGAUUAAAAGAGUUGUAUUUUUCCAUGAUUUGCUAUGAAAUAUAUGUAAAAUCUUGAAUUAAA